AUGAAAGCCUUUAAAGAUGGCCAGGGUCCGCGAACACACAAGAAUCGGGAGAUCGCUAUAUUGCAACGGUUGAUAGACAAGAUCUAUUGCCCCGAGGUUGCCAAGGAGUCCCCAGAUAAGAUUCUCACCCCCAAGGAUAUUGCUGAAAAGAUCAGGGCCCAUAUCAAUGAACACGGCCCAAUGCGGCAGUUUGUCGCUCGGAAAAUUCGAGUCUACAAGAGCAUUUUUCCAAAUAAUACGGAACUUGCCCAAAUGUGGCAUUUUGCCAGAGCUGAUGUCCUAACGACAAUCGACUUGAUUCAAAUUUACUUCGAUCGGGUUUGGAUGAUUCUGAAGCUGUGCUACAAGUACCACCUUUUGAUAAUAACGUCGAGGACGAGAACGACGACGAGCCUUGGCCAUGGCAUACGCACACUGGCCGACAAUGGCGGUGUGCGUAUACCAUGGCCAAUUCUGGAGAUCCCGCAGAUCGCAGAAAACGACCCAAGACCAUCCUCUGAGAUACUAUGCAUUGACAUCGAGUUUCCGUUUAGCGCUCGCAAGGUCAAGGAAAUCGAGCAUCAUCGCGAAAUCACCUACAGGGAACACACAGGGAAGAAAGUGGAAGAUCUUGUGGUACACCAUCCCAGUGGAUAA